AUGGCUUUUGGUAAAUCAAAAAAGGGUGCCUCCCUUGGUGAGGAGCCGGCACAGCAUGUAACGGACAGCUCAAAUAGCAAUGGUGCAAACGCAGCGAAGGACAGUGGUAGAGGCAAAAUAAUGGGUGUCUUUUCCGCUUGUAAAGUUGUGACAUUUUCUCUCCUUCUGUGGCUAGUACAGUGUUCCAGCAUGUACUCUGGCGAGUUCAUGAAUGGGAACCACAACAUGGGCAGAUCAGCCACCAUCAGACCCAGUAGACUGUUAGGACAACCGUUAGUCGAAUUCGACCAAGUGUUCGAUCUCUAUCAGAGAAGCUUUUUAGACAAAAUGGGAUGCGAUAGCAACCAGAAGGACCAAAUUAGAACUAUGAUGAAAUCAUAUUUUGAUAAAAUAGAUUUGGGAGCAUUAGCUAAACAAUUUCAACAAAACCCCUGUAGUAUGUUGCAGUGCCCCCCAGGAAUGCCUGGAAUGCCGGGAAUGCCAGGAAUGCCAGGAAUGUUUCCACCUAUGAAACCAGGUGCGUGCUCCCCAGCUUUUCCAGGAAUGUGUCCACCUGGAGCGUGCCCACCUGCAUUCCCCGGACUGUGCGGCCCUUCCAAUUCUUGCCCUUUGCAAUCGCCAAAUGAAAGUAAAAGUGGAGACCCAGAAAAAAAGAAGGAAGGCGAAGAGGGUACUUCAAAUGAUGGUGAUGGGCAAGUAACAGGAGAACAACAAAAAACACAGACGAUAGUACCAGCUGAUAAUAGUAACCGUAGCCCCGUUUUACAAUAUUUGAACUAUUUCAAUUUCUUGUGGUCCACCUCCUUCAUUAUCAUGAGCUCAAUUAUAUCAGCAUGUUUCGGACAGUUUCACAUUACUUUGUUUUUAUUUUCCAUAUUAUUUUUGAAAGCUUUGAAUUUUUUCUGGACCCUCAAAAUGAUGCACGAUAUGUUUUUCCCCAAAAAAAAGUAG